UGAGUCUACGCGAAACAAACCUUUACAACUUGGGUCAGAGAGUAAGGUGUAAUAUAUCAUAUUGUUUGAACCUUUUGAUUUUGGACAGAAAUGUUUGCGAAAAACUUGAGAUUGGGCCACUUCGUUUGUAUGACCGAGAAUGUUCUUGGAAAGACACGUACGUUUUACUCAGUGGCGAAGAAAGAUUCCCCGCGAAUUUUGAUCACUGGGAGUUUGGGACAACUUGGCCGUGGUCUUGCUAAAAUCUUAAGAGAAAAGUAUGGAAGGGAUAACGUCAUCAUGUCAGACAUUGCAAAAGCGUCGUGGGAUGUUUUGGAGAAUGGUCCAUACCUAUACGCUGACAUCCUGGACUUCAAAAACCUUCAGUCCAUUGUGGUCAAUGAACGCAUUGAUUGGCUGGUUCAUUUCAGUGCUAUCCUAAGUUCUGUGGGGGAACAGAAUGUGUCACAAGCUCUACAAGUGAAUGUUGAGGGUGUUCACAACAUCUUUGAACUGUGCCGCAGAAAUAAUUUGAGGCUGUUCUGCCCGAGCACAAUUGGAGCAUUUGGUCCAGAAACACCAUCAAACCCUACCCCUGAUGUGACAGUUCAAAGGCCAAAGACCAUCUAUGGGGUUUCCAAAGUUCAUAUGGAACUUCUCGGAGAGUACUACCAUCACAAGUUUGGUUUGGAUUUCCGCUCAGCCAGAUUCCCAGGCGUCAUCUCAGCUGAGACUGCCCCAGGGGGUGGUACUACGGAUUAUGCUGUCCACAUUUUCCAUGAGGCCUUAAGAACUGGCAGAUACAAAUGUUAUCUGCGCCCUGAUACACGAAUGCCAAUGAUAUAUCUCCCAGAUUGCCUACGAGCGACUGUUGAGUUGCUAGAGGCACCCUCAGAGAAGUUGAAUCUGCGCACAUAUAACAUCAGUGCCAUAAGCUUCACACCUGAAGAGCUAGCUGAUGCAAUACCAAAAUUCAUUCCAACAUUGAAAAUGGAAUAUGAACCUGAUGAAAGACAGGCUAUAGCUGACAGUUGGCCCCAGGUUCUGGAAGACAGUAAUGCGAGGAAGGAUUGGAACUGGCAGCAUGUGUAUGAUCUACCAGGGAUGACUUCAGCUAUGCUGGAAGCAUUAGCACCAAAGGGAAAAAUCAGUGCCUCAUCCAUGCUUUAAAUUCCCAUGUUUUGGCCUUCACUACCAUGCUGAUUAACCCUUCAACACCCAGAAGUAGUAUUCUCAUUACCUGUUUGCCGGAUAACAUGUGGAUAUUAUAGUGACAAGUUACAUGUUAAUCACUUCUGGGGGUUUAAGGGUUAUACAAGCAUGCAGUAGACCCAAGUAUUUUGUUUAAAUGUACAAAUGAUAAGUACAAGUUAUAAUUAAUACAUUUUCCAAAGCAUUUUGACCAGCCCCAUGAUGACUUUUUGCUGGUGGGCUUAACCACUGACUCCUGUGAGUACCCAAGCAGGAGAGAAUUUCUCAUUACAACAUCAAUACAAUAUCAAGCAGACAAGUGAUCCGAGAACAAAUACAAAUUUCAAUUAGGGGAUUAUCGGUUGAUCCAACAUCAAAUUCUCACAACUAACAUCGUAAGAAUUGUUUGGAAGACAAGAAGGAGAAUUACUUCUGAGAUCAUGGGAGUGAAAAGCUAGGUUAACUUUUAGAAGCAAUUUGACAUCAGUGGUGCCAAGUAUUUGCAAAGAUUACGACCUGUAUAUUUUUGUCUCGCAAAGGAAAAUCUACUGGUAUUUUAGUGUACAAUUUUUUAUGUCAACCGGACAAGGCCUCAUGGUAUAUGCUUCAGAGUAAAAACUAUCACUGGCUCAUAUUGAUAAUCACAAAUAAUGCCUAUUUCCAAUAAUUUUAGCAUGGCCAAACUUUCAUGAACAUCAAAACUACACUGUUUUUUUUUUCUGCCAUUAGAAAAUGAAAGUUUGGUCACCAAUCAGAAUGAAACUACAUUGUAUAGUAUUGUUAAUGAAUGUGGUGAAGUGUACCAAAGAACUAAAUAUUGGUUGAGUGGAAUACAUUCUGCUUUAAGAUAUGUGACAGUGAAAAACAUAUAUUAUUAAUAGUCAAAUGUAAGUAUUUAGGAAUGAUUUAAGUCUUAUAAAGUGAAUCACCAAGUAUGCUAAACAAACUACACUGUUUUAUACUUCAAUCCAUUGCAGUCUCCAGGGUGAAAUGCAACAGUUGUCAUAACUUUGCUGUAUAUGUCAAUACAAUAUUUAUAAGUAUACACAGACCCAUUUCAGGCCCAUGCAAUUUAAGGUAAUUUGGUGAUAUCAACUAAGUUGAGAUUGUAAAUUGGUUGCUUUAAACUCUGACAAAGGGCUAACACUUGAAAUGUCAGCUUUUUAACUCUUUAUGGUGGCCAAUUUACAAAUUACUUUAACUUAGUUGAUAUUACCAAAUUACCUUGUUACCCCCACUGACCCAGCACCACAGUUUCUUUAGAAAGUUACCCCCUUUAUCCAUGCUAUUCUAGUCAAACUAGUAGACAAAAUAGUAGAGGUGAUAUUUAUUUCUUAGAUUUUUACCUGAAUAUUUUUCUUUUCAUUUGCCCUUUGAAGAAGCCACAUUUGCACAGACAUGAAAUGGUUUCAUAGUUACAUAACCUUGCAGUUUGGAAAUAUAUUUCAAAACUACAACAUUGUUAAGAGUAGUGUUAGGUAUAAUAUUUAAAGGGUCAUGAAAAUAUAAGUUAUUUUAAUCUUACUUUGUGGUUUACAUGAAGAGAGAGUUUUACUUUACUUAACAGUUUGUUACAUACUUUUUUAUGUGCAUGUAUCCAAGCACAAUAAGAUAAUUCAAAAGGGAAA